CCUGGCGGCGACGAGCUCACAAGAUCCAAGAGUCUGAGAAGAGGAGGGUGAAGUUUCAAGACGUCGUCACCUUCGUCGACAGCGAGGUGCAAAUCCAGACCAAUCCUACGUUUGGCAGGCACCGAGAAGAACGAGUCAGAAGACAGACACACACAGUCUCAGCUACAGCAGUUGCAGGAGCGGUACAGUCCUCGAAGAGUUGUCUGUACUGUCAUGGUAGUCACUUCACUGAUCUGUGUGCUGAGUUGGUCAAGCUGCAAUGGGAAAAACGGCGAGAGUUCGUUCGUGAGAACAGACUGUGCUUCGGAUGCCUUCGAAAGGGCCACAGAUUCAGUAACUGCUUCAGGAAGCUCGUCUGUGGAACUUGUAAGCGGCUGCAUCCAACAGCGAUGCACAAGAACGAAAGUGUUGAAGGAACUGGUCAGAACCCUUCUGAUGGAAAUGGUGAGCAAAACACUUCUGUGAAGAAUGGACGAUUGGAUGCAUCGCCGACUGAAGUCUCUGCUGGUACGGCAAGCUGCAGGUCGUCGGCGAUGAUGGCUAUUCUGCCGGUGAAGAUGUGGAACGCUGACUGCUCUCGUUCAGUCGUCACGCAUGCGUUCUUGGAUUUGGGCUCAAGCGCAACGUUUUGCACGCCGAAUCUUCUGAAGGCGCUGGGCAUGGAAGGAGAAACUACGGAGCUCACAAUGACGACUGCAACAGCUGAGAACCAGCGGAUUUCCAGCACAUUGGUGAAAGGCCUGAAGAUAUCUGACAUGGCGGGGAAGAAAGUAAUGGAUUUACCGCCGUCGUACACGUUGCAGAGAAUUCCAGUCGAUCGCCAGGAUAUCGCAACAGCUACGGAUCUGGAGCGCUGGCCACAACUGCAAGAGGUUGUUCCCCCGGAAGUACAUGCGGAUAUUGAACUUUUGAUCGGAGCCAAUUGUCCUCAGGCCCUGAUACCUCUCGAAGUUCGCGCUGGUGGAGAGGGAUGCCCAUUUGCCAUUCGUACGUCUCUUGGAUGGGUGGUGUAUGGACCAAGAUCCCGCAGCCGGGUUUUCGAUGGAAGCGCGAGAGUAAAUCGUAUCGAGGUACUAAGCCCAACAGAUGAUGAAUUUGACCUUCACAGCAAAUUUGUCGCGCUCUACAACCAGGACUUCGAGCAUGAUCUUAGUUCCACAGACGUUGGCUUCUCCAUUGAAGAUCGAGCGUGGAUGAAGAUCGUGGAGGGCGGAGUCCGUCACCUGGAUGGUCGUUACCAGAUACCCCUGCCACUGAAAAGCGAGAUCAUCCUGCCGGACAACAAACAGCAAGCAGAGAGACGAGCAGAGCAGCUGAAAAGGAAAAUGCUCAAGAGCCAGAAGUAUCUCCAAGACUACAAAACAUUUGUCAAUGAGUUAAUCGAGAAAAACUACGCAGAACGUGUCAAGAACGAGCAGAUCGACAUGGCAGAGGGACGUACCUGGUAUAUACCGCAUCAUGGUGUAUAUCAUCCGAUGAAACCUGAAAAGAUUCGUGUCGUCUACGAUUGCUCUGCAACUUACCAGGGCAUGUCGCUCAACAGUCGGCUGCUGCAAGGACCAAAUCUGACGAGUUCUCUCUUGGGCGUGUUGCUGAGGUUUCGAGAGGGACCGGUAGCAGUCAUGGCUGAUAUUGAAAAAAUGUUCUAUCAGGUGAGGGUUCCGGAGGAUGACAGAAGUUUGCUCAGAUUUUUAUGGUGGCCGAAUGGUGACACAGAACGGGAACUGGAAGUGUAUCAGAUGAAUGUGCACCUCUUCGGUGCGAUCAGUUCUCCGUCUUGUGCAAACUUCGCGCUACGGAGGACAGCGCAGGACUUCGGAGAUAAGUUUGAUGCUGACGUCAUAGACAGUAUUCAACGCUCGUUCUAUGUUGAUGAUUUCAUGAAGACAGGAUCUACGGCUGAUGAGGUGUUGAGGAUUGCAAGAGGAGUCAGAGACUGCUGUGCGUUGGGAGGAUUCCGACUGACCAGCUUCGUCAGUAACUGCCCUGACGUCAUGUUCUGUUUCCCGGAAUCUGAGCGCGUGACACACAAGAAGUUUGAUCUGACCGGCCACGAUCUUUCUGCGCAGACGCUAAGAGCUUUGGGUGUUCAGUGGGACGUAUCUGAAGAUACUCUUAGCUUCCGUGUUGAUGUCAGGAGGGGUCCGACAACCAGGAGAGGCAUUCUUUCUACAGCAAGUGCCGUUUAUGAUCCGCUAGGGUUCGGAGCUCCUUUCGUCAUGUCAGCCAAAAUCCUGUUGCAAGAUCUCUGCAGGCUGAAGUUGGGAUGGGACGACCCGGUUCCAGAUGCUCACCUGAGAAGAUGGGAUCAGUGGUGCAAAGAACUGAGCCUUCUGCGGGAGUUCAGCGUGCCAAGAAGUGUGACUGCACCAGACGCGGUGGUGAAUUGCCAACUUCACAUGUUUGCUGAUGCAAGCGAAGCUGGCUACGGUGCAGUAGGCUACACCAGGGUGACUGACAGCACAGGGACAGUUCGCACUUCGCUUCUGAUGAGCAAGGCCAGAGUAGCGCCGCUGAAGACUUCUUCAAUCCCUCGACUAGAGCUGGCCGCUGCGACGCUAGCUGUGCAGUUGAGCACACAGAUACUUACCGAACUUGACCUGAAAGUUGACGAAGUGCAUUUUUGGACGGACAGUGUGUCCACGCUUCGCUACAUCCACAAUACCACUUCUCGUUUCCAGACAUUUGUGUCCAACAGGCUUUCCGUCAUCCAUGAUGGUUCUGAGCCCGGUCAGUGGAAGUACGUGCCGUCUGCACUGAACCCGGCGGAUGCUCUCUCCCGUGGACAGUCGGCACGCGAGUUUCUUCAAUCGGUAUGGGCUACUGGCCCAGCGUUCCUCGGCGCAGAAGCAGCUGAAUGGCCUGACCAGAAGCAUGUGAUCCAACGCCAUGAAGAUGUUGAAGAUCUUGAGGUAAAGAGAGGCUUGGGGACUCUCUCGGUAGCAGCUGAGUGUGACAGUACUUCGAAGUUGUUGAACAGCGUAUCUGACUGGCACAAGCUCAAGAGGCACGUGGCGUGGUGGCUUCGGCUGAAGUGCAUGCUGUGGAAGCGGUUGAUGAACAGAGGUGAUUGUGAUGCCGAGGUAGCGGGUCAGCUCUCGCGGGUCAGCUCUCGCUUGACCGUUCAAGAACUUGAUGAUGCAGAAGUGGCGAUUGUGCAGUACACUCAGAAGAAGGCCUUUCCAGAAGACUAGUUUGUGUUGAUUGAUAGCUGUAUUUCCAGAAGACUGAACUGGGGAUUGACUGCAAGCGGUUGGCGAUGAAGGCUCCAAUUGCGCUUAGCACGUUUGGUCUGUUGAACCUGGAAGGUUCAAGGGUGGGGGUGUAGGCGCGCCAUUUCCAUUUUGUCAUUUUAUGUUCCUUAGUCCACGUUUACCAUUCUGCUGAUUUCCUAUUUUCUUCCUUGGUUUCACAGCCUUGGCACAUUGCUCGCUCGGUCCCUCUGACCUGUCGAGGUCACUGGCCGACCGUAGCCUGGGGCAGGGCCCAGGAAUGUAGCUGCGCCGUCGCGACCGCAGGGUCAGAAAAGUAGUAACUGGAAACUGUGAUAUUUGACUCGUUAAUGUGUAUGUUAUGCCCAAUAAUGUGCUCAGGAUUGUAAAAUGUAUUGUUUGAUGCGAGUAGGGAUCUCCUGGACAUUUAAGUUGCGAAUAUGAUAGCUGACGCGGAUGAACAUUUCUGAAUAUGGGCGGUGCCCGGCGCCCCGGCGCUGGUCGGGGGCGCGGCGCGGGUCAGUUGAGCCCCGUUGAGGCUGGUCGUCUAAUGUGCCUCUGGAGACGUGUGCCUCUGGUUUCGUUAGCCGAUAAGCGACUCAGGGAGCACAUUUGUCGGUACGUAACUAAAUGUCGCGGUAGCACAAUCAUGUAAUCAAGUGCUUUCGAUAUAAUUAUACUGUUUCGUAUAUGCAUAUUCAAGUGCAUGAAUGGACGCGUAGCAAUGUACCUGGUUGCCUUUAUCAAGUUAUUUAUUUAUGCGUGUGUUAUGUUCCCCCUCGCCUGUCCCUUUUAUUUCCGUCACGUUUGUUUGCGCUCGUUUAUGUUUAUUUGUGCAAUGCUUAACUUAGGGCCGUUGUUUUACAGCAACGAUUGCGUGCGGAGGGCCACACGGUCCAAUACACCGAUCCGUGACG